CGGAGGCUGGGUGAGGAGGAGAGUGUGUGUGUACAGCGGCUUCGCAAUCGUCCGAGCUCCGUUACCCCCUUUACGACGUGCACGGUGCCCUGAAAAUGGCCCUGAACCCCAACGCGGUUGGAAAGAAGGAGCCAGAAUGUGCCGAGAGGCGCGAUCCGCCCCGCGAAGGAGGCGAAGCCCAGAAGAGUUCAGCCGCCAGCUCGGCCACGGCCAACCAAAAUGGCGAUCCGCCUGGAUGUGGAGACGCCGUAAUGCCCGAGCCAGAAGCCCCCGAGCGGCGGAGGAGCGGGCAGCCGGACGGCCGCAGCUGCAGCAGCUCCCCGUCCCCGUCCCCGGGACACAGAGCCGGAGACGAGCCGCGGAGGAGCUUCCAGAUCCCCAGGAAGACGAGGGAGCGGAAAGGCUUAUACCAGUUCCUGCCCCCUGACAGCCGAGAGUUUGAGGACCUUGUGAAGAUUAUCUCCUCGUUUUACUUGGAUGCGUCUUCACGGGGAACGUUCUCCUACUGUAAAGCCAGGCUAAUUCACAAUGAGCUGCUGGAGAAGGAGUUCAUCGAGAAGCGGAGAGAAAUGAAGCAGGAGGGGCGGACGGAGCAAGAACUCACCGAGUCGUACUGCUUCCUUUUCCCAGACAAGUCCAAGCUCCAGUGGAUCUGUGAGAAGGGCCUGGCAGUUGGACACUGUAGGAUUACUACUCUAGGAAAUCCAUCAGUGGGUGUUUACGUCUCCAAAUACUCCGAUUUGUUACAAAUGAAUCCCUUUGAAGUGGGCUCUUUUGGAGACAUGAUCAUUUUUAAAGUCAUGAGGGGCCGAAUCAAGCACAUCCACGAGAACAUGCCUAAGAAUACUAUUGAAGCUUCGCCCAAGUUUGACUGUCACUUGUCAAAAAGUGCCAACAGGGUCACGUCUUUGCUGUCGUAUAGAGCUUUUGAGCUCACGCAGCAAUAUUUUUUCGAGUUUGCAUUCGAUGAGAUCAAGGCCCGACCCAGGCACGUGUGCCCCUACGCUGUGGUUUCCUUUCAGUACAAAGGCAAGGAGGCUGCAGCAACUCCUAUGACUGCACACAGGUUCAACACUAUUUCUCCUGAAGGAAGUAGAGGGAAGAGCUGCUACACUGUGUGGAAUGGUCCACUUAUAAACAAGGAUAAGGAAUUAUUCCCAAUCAGUUUACGAUCCAGCUCGCGUCCUUACCUUCCAUUCAAGCUGCCUGAGAAGUUGGAGAUGAAUCGGGGCAUGCAGCUGGAGCAGGUGAAGAGAAAGAUUCCCUCUGUGCUCUUUUCCUGGGACACCUACAGCGUAUCACGGGAAGUGAUGAAGUGUGGGAUGUCCUGCAGCCUGUUUGAUGUGGUGGAUGGAAAAGGCAAAGCAACUACUGGCAGCCUGGCAGCGCUGGUCAGCAAACUGGAGAGGGAUCGGAUGGUGCUGGUGAAGUCCUUGUACGAGCGGGGGUUUCUCUUCCUGUUGUCCGCAACUCAGAUGGCCGAGUCGAAAGAGCGGCGGGGGCGGAUUGAGAAGAAGCUACAAGCAUUAUUCAUCUUUCAGGAGUCAAGGAUGGUUGUCAAGUAUUCAUCAAGACUGUCUGAGCCGGAGCCCCUGACGGUGGAGGCCCAGUCAGCGUCCCUGUCGUCCGUGGAGUCUUUCAUCCCCGCCCUGCACUACGCCCUCUUUAAGUUGCGUCCAAACCCGGGUAAAGACAUAAGCUCCGGGGUUGAGCGCCAGUCCACAGAUUACCUAACCCGUAUGGAAUCGGGCACGAUCCGGCCCUUCACUCUGCCCGACUACAAAUAUAACAUGGACGAAAGGACGAGCCCCCUUCCAGCGCCCAGGCCCAAGUUUAAUAUGGAAGCCGUGUUGAGAAAUUAUGUCCACAGUCCCGCUAACUACAUUUUACCUCUAAACAAGGCUAAGGACAUCAUCGGAAGAAUACGGAACCCUGUCCCGAUACGAGCACCAACCCCUCCUGUGGAGUACAGUCCUGUGUCUGACUGGGGUGGCUCAGACAGAGGCUCGGACAGAGCCGAGAGACCGUCAGAACGGCUGUCCCAGGACAGGCCAGCGCAGGAGAAGCCGCCCCAAGACAGCGGCAAGAGAAGGCCUGGCGUGGCUCAUUCAAACGGUGCCCAGUUGCCGUCCAAGCCCCACGUUGAGCCGCAGCCGCAGCCCCAGAAACCCCGCAUGUCCCAGAACGAAUACGACAAGGACAAGAUGAAACAGCUGCUUAAACUGAUCCAACUACAUAAGAAAGCCCUCGUGAAGGAUCCCGGGAAAGACAAGGGUGAGGACGGGGCGUGGGACGCUAACAGUCUGAAAAGGAAAUUUGAAGGAGAUGAAAGGGGAAGCACGAACAAACACCAGCGCACGGAUCACCUGAGCAACGGGGAACCCAGUCAAGCACCCCAGCCAGACGACAUUGGAGAUGAGAUUGGACAGAGCAACAAUCUGACGGCAGUGAUGGAGAGCAUGGGCAUCUACGACAAUGACCUGAGGUCCCGCAGUAACGCCAACCCAUCGGACAUCAACGAGACCCAGCGCCUUCUCAAGAUCCUCCUGGCUACGCUCAACAAAGCCAUGGCUCAGGGUUCGGUGCCCGUGCUGGAAAACCAGGGCGAGUCGUCAACAGGUCCAGGAACGCUGGAACCUGUUCUCCCUGAACCAGAUCCUGAGCAAAAACAUGAGACCGUAUUGCAAACAAACUACACGGAGGAGGACAUGGACUGUAGCCCCGGUAGUCCGUUCAGCAUGGGUUCUCCACCACAACAAGCGCACUCCUCAGACAUCCUAAUGGAGGAUAUCCCCACCAGUGAAGACAAAGCGCAGCCUUUUCCUGAGACAAAGCCCGAGCUGGAGGCUGCGCCUGUGGCGGAGAGCGACCCAGAGCCGAAGACGCCUGCAGUUCUAGAAGUAAAGCAGGCAACUGCUCCCUCUAUAACGAUCACAGAGGAGUCUCCCUCCAGGCCGUCCAUAAGCCUGGACACCAUACUAAACCAGGAAGUCCACAGCCUCACCUCUGAUAUUAAGAAUAUCAUGCAGUCUCAGCACAUCUGCUACGCUUCGCAGCUCCCCCCACGGUUGCCCCCACGCCACUGCUGGCGGCCCAACAGCUGCUUCUCAGACUUCGUUGUUUCCUACGUCUCCCCCGUCUCUGUGCAGGGCCACGUAGAAGCACUGCGUGAAAAGAUGGACAAGUUGAUCCCAGCCCCACCUGCUCCCUCUAAAGUUGCUUCUCCACCCCCACAAGUGACAACAUCUAUUCUUACAAUCCCACCCACUGCGUCCAUACAGACUUCCAAAGCUAAAACAGAGCCCGCGCUCUCAAAGGGCGCCGCCUCCUCUCAGGCCGGUAGAACAAGUAACAUCAAAGAGACGGAGUUGAGUAAGGCGAAAACAGAAGCGUCACCUGCAGAGUUUGGGAUGGACGUUUAUUCUCCUUCUCAGAUCACGCCAGACUCGCCAGAGCGAAACUCCCAAAACGGCGGCGCUGCUCCUGGGUCCAAUCUGCUGGCCGGUAGCCUCAUCGGCCAGUUGAAACCUGAGGUUUUCAGCAGCUUGGUGGAGAUAUUUAAGGAUGUCACGAAGAAUACGGUUAAAUUCUACAUCUACUCUGGUGACGAGGGGGAGGAGAGCACUGUCUGCAAGGAGAUCAAGGAGUACUUGAAGAGUCUUGGCAACAGCGAAUGCAGCCCGCAGACAUUUCUAGAAAACAGCAGCAGUUUGGAUAAGCUCCUCAUCAUCAUAAAGAACGAGGACAUUGCUGCACAUGUGCACAAGAUCCCAGCCUUGGUGUCUCUGAAGAAGCUGCCGUCGGUGAGCUUUGCUGGAGUGGACACUCUGGACGACGUUAAGAACCACACAUACAACGAGCUGUUUGUGUCCGGAGGUUUCAUGGUGUCCGACGAGUUUGUCCUCAACCCUGAUCUCAUCACACAAGAACGUUUACAGGGCCUGCUCAAGUUCCUGGAGGAGCAGAGCACCCCUGAACACCCCUGGCAGUGGAAGGUGCACUGCAAGUCUCAGAAGAAGCUCAAAGAGCUGGGAAGGUUAAAUACCAAUGCCAUGGGGUUGUUGAACCUGUUGACAGUUUAUCAGAAGAAACAUCUAGUGGAGUUUCUCCCAUAUCACGAGUGCGACACCCAGUCUCGUCAGGCUCCAGACCUGGAAUGUCUCAUCAAACUCCAAGCUCAGCACACGCAACAGCGACACCUUAUCUUCCUCACAGAGAGGCCAUUUGAAAUGUUCCUGCAGUACUCCAGGAAUGGAAUAGUGAUAGCGAGCAUUGAUGAUGUUAUGAGUGGUUUUCACAGUCUGAUUGGGUCCAUUAAUCAGAAUGAGCUUCCAACGCCACCAUCCACUGUAGUGAAUGAUGAGUGCGUAGAAGAGGAGGACAUGUCAUUAGACUCUGAUGAUGGUGAACCAUCAACCAUAUCGGAUUCCUUAGAACAGAUCGAGGACGUAGAGAAGAAGAAACCUCCUUUCCCGCCUCCACCAGAGAUGGAUGCAUUUCGUCCUCCUCUUCCAGAACAGCGAUCCACUCCCGACCGACCUCCAACGCUUUCCGACUGCAGUUCUCUCAAAACGGCCAUCUCCCACUUCAAAGCUUCCAACCAGAUAGGCUUAGGCUCCUCCGACAUCGGCAGCUUGUCACCGGGAGGUUUUCCUGUGAAUCCUCACCAGAGCUUCCUGUGCCCCUCCAGCUCGUGGUCGUCUUACACCGGCUCGUCGAGCUACGCGGCCUCACCGGCCUAUCCCGCCUCGCCCUGCAGCAGCACCCACGAACAGGAGUACCGUCCCCCGGCCACAGCUUCUUCUACAGCCCCAACUCCGCCUGCAAUGGCUACAGCAGGACCUCUAGCCAACCUGGCGUCCCUCCCUUUGGAGGUCAAACCUCCCCCCCCGCCUCACUUUAUGAGGCUGGGACAGACGUACGGGUCGGACCCCGGAGGAGCCGGGGCUGCUGCCGGGAGCUCUCCGCUCAUCACCGCCGGCCCCUACAAAGACCAUAGUGACACAGUCCAGCCGGGUUACCUGGGUUGCAUUUCUACAAAUGCUAGCGGGACCCCCAAACCGCACGACAGGACACUAAGUGGACCGGGGGAAGGUGCGUGGGGGAUGGCCGGGUCCAACACUUGUGAGACUGCCAGCAGCCAGGGUGUGGUCACAUCAGGGGCAGCGGAGCCCACAGUUCACCCUAAAAUCGGGGAAAUCCUAUUAGGCGGCACCCCCGGAGGUCAGGGGGACAGGACUCAGGUUAAUUGUGCCGAAAACUUUGGAGCGUUAGUGGGAAAUCCCGCAGCGAGCAUCAGGGGAGGCCCUGUUCUGAGACCUAAGCUACCUCCCCAUCCGAUGGCGGGCGUGGGCUACGGGGGGAUAGGAGGCGUGCCGGGACAGAUGAACCAUGGACCUAUGCGGGGCGCUCCGGGUCCUGGUUCUUUAGGAAACUAUCGAUGCAGAGGAGUCCCUCCGAUAGGACUUUGGCCUCCGCCAGGUCGAGGACAUGAAAUGGGGCAUCGAACUGGAGGUGGGCCCUGCUCCUGGGGUCACCCAGCAGGCAGGGGGGGGCCACAGAAUUACUACAUGGACUACUCAUAUUCUCACAAUUAUGCCCCAGAAUAGACAAUCAAUAUGAAGGAAGGGGCAAUGCAAACACCAUAAAACUGAGACUAUAAGAGCUGUAUGAAUGUACAUAUUUCCUUGUCAUAAAACGCAUUGAUUCAAAUCGGUAAAUAAGGAUCAUUGUUUUCUACAUUAAUAAAAAUUGAUACAGGCAGUGCCGAGUGUCCUACUGUCUUGUAAACUGUCUGUACACUCUUACAACGUGAGCUAUUUGAGACCCUGUUCAAACCACUAUAUUUAUAUUUGCCAACAAAUGUUAAUGGCCUUCCAGUUUCUCAGAAUUGAUCGUUUUAUUUCUGUUUGUUCCGGUUUUGAAAUGGUUUGUGAACAAGGGGAACGACUGAUAUUUUUUUAAGGAAAAAAAAAAACAACUAGUGAAUGAAAUUCCAGUUUUGCUGUUGGGUUGUCUUUAUUUUUUUUUUAUUUUCCGUAUUUGGUUGUACAAAGUUCUAUUAAAAUAAACCAUUUCAAAUCUUACCUGUGUGGCGGCAUUGUCGGUGUUGGUAGAUAUAAAUCACUGUGUGUCACUGUUGUUUCAAAACAUCGGUUCAGCAACUUAACAUUCCUGCUGGCUGUCAGAAGAUGAACGGAAUCGUUUAUCUUCGAGGGGAAGUAUAAUUGAGGUGUAAUAUGGAAAUCACGUCUUAAUUUGGUCACGUGUACAUGAAUGCAUUUGUCCUUUUGAAAGAAUCUGUUCCCUCAACUCAUCAGCUUUAAAUAGCUUAUAUUAGGAGUGGAAUCCACAGACAUCCAUUCAGUUAAACCCAAGCGCUUCACUAGAUAUUAAGAUAAAAUAUUAAGUGUCUCUCAUGCCCAUGCUGGAAGACAGAAGUCUUUGUUGUGUUGUCAUUAAGUUCUUAAACAUGAGAAACCCCUGAAUACUGACCUGAAUGAAGUGUUUU